AUGAGUAGGGAGAGUGGAUUGAAGCCAAUGGACUCUGAACAACUCAGAGAGUGUGGACAUAAGAUGGUAGAUUUCAUUGCUGACUACUACAAAUCCAUUGAGGAUUUCCCAGUUCUUAGCCAAGUUCAGCCUGGGUAUUUACAUAAACUUUUACCGGAUUCUGCUCCUACUCGCCCUGAUUCUUUGGAACAUAUUUUUAAUGAUAUACAGGCAAAGAUUUUACCUGGGGUAACUCAUUGGCAGAGCCCAAAUUAUUUUGCAUACUAUCCUUCUAAUAGCAGCAUUGCUGGAUUUAUGGGAGAGAUGCUCAGUGCUGGUCUUAACAUUGUGGGGUUUAGUUGGGUCACUUCUCCUGCAGCCACAGAACUUGAAACAAUUGUUCUUGAUUGGCUUGGAAAAUUGUUGAAACUUCCUCAGGAGUUUCUUUCAGCAGGACAAGGUGGUGGAGUCAUUCAGGGAACAGCAAGUGAAGCUGUUCUAGUUGUAUUAUUGGCUGCUCGCGAUAAGUUUUUGGAAAAGUUUGGUAAAAAUGCUCUUGGGAAACUUGUUGUUUAUGCUUCUGAUCAAACACAUUCAUCUUUGCAAAAGGCUUGUCAGAUAGGGGGUAUUCAUCCAGAGAAUUGUAGGCUGCUAAGAACUGAUUCUUCUACUAAUUAUGCCUUAUCUCCCAAUGCACUUAGUGAAGCAAUUUCAAGUGAUGUUGCCAAUGGUUUCAUUCCCUUUUUCUUGUGUGCAACGGUUGGUACCACUUCAUCUACAGCUGUGGACCCUUUGUCAGAUUUGGGAAAGAUUGCUAAGAGCCAUGGAAUGUGGUUUCAUGUGGAUGCUGCAUAUGCUGGAAGUGCUUGUAUAUGUCCAGAAUACCGCCACUACAUUGACGGUGUUGAAGAAGCUGACUCAUUUAACAUGAAUGCACAUAAAUGGCUUCUGACAAACUUUGAUUGUUCUUCACUCUGGAUUAAGGAUAGAAAUGCUUUGAUUCAAGCCCUAUCUACAAAUCCUGAAUAUCUGAAAAACAAAGCUUCUCAAGCAAACUUGGUUGUGGAUUACAAGGAUUGGCAAAUACCACUUGGUCGUCGGUUUAGGUCACUUAAACUAUGGAUGGUGCUACGUCUUUAUGGUUUGGAAAACUUACAGUGCUACAUAAGAAACCACAUCAACUUGGCUAAACACUUUGAAGACCUUGUUGGUCAAGACCCAAGAUUUGAGAUCGCCACGCCUCGAAUCUUUUCUUUGGUUUGUUUUCGACUGCUGCCAAGCUCCAAGGAUGAAGCUUUGGCCAACAAACUGAACCAUGAGCUGUUGAAUGAUGUGAACUCAACUGGGAAAACUUUCAUUUCUCAUACAGUGUUAUCAGGCAAAUACUUGCUACGAUUUGCAGUAGGAGCUCCAUUGACUGAAGAGAGACAUGUUAAUGGAGCAUGGAAUGUUUUACAAGAAAAAGCCUCUGCCCUGUUGGGAACUUUGUUGGUACCACUUCUGUCAGAUUUGGGAAAGAUUGCUAAGAGACAUGGAAUGUGGUUUCAUGUGGAUGCUGCAUAUGCUGGAAGUGCUUGUAUAUGUCCAGAAUACCGCCACUACAUUGACGGUGUUGAAGAAGCUGACUCAUUUAACAUGAAUGCACAUAAAUGGCUUCUGACAAACUUUGAUUGUUCUUCACUCUGGAUCAAGGAUAGAAAUGCUUUGAUUCAGGCCCUAUCUACAAAUCCUGAAUAUCUGAAAAACAAGGCUUCUCAAGCAAACUUGGUUGUGGAUUACAAGGAUUGGCAAAUACCACUUGGUCGUCGGUUUAGGUCACUUAAACUAUGGAUGGUGCUACGUCUUUAUGGUUUGGAAAACUUACAGUGCUACAUAAGAAACCACGUCAACUUGGCUAAACACUUUGAAGACCUUGUUGGUCAAGACCCGAGAUUUGAGAUCGCCACGCCUCGAAUCUUUUCUUUGGUUUGUUUUCGGCUGCUGCCAAGCUCCAAGGAUGAAGCUUUGGCCAACAAACUGAACCAUGAGCUGUUGAAUGAUGUGAACUCAACUGGGAAAACUUUCAUUUCUCAUACAGUGUUAUCAGGCAAAUACUUGCUACGAUUUGCAGUAGGAGCUCCAUUGACUGAAGAGAGACAUGUUAAUGGAGCAUGGAAUGUUUUACAAGAAAAAGCCUCUGCUCUGUUGGGAACUUUGUAAGACUAUUUUUUCAAGACCUCAUCAAGUUUAAUAAUUCUUAACUAGAACUGUUCAUAGUUUAUUAGUGACUCCCAUUAAUGUGGAGUUAAAGACAAUGAUACCAGCAGUUACUAGUUAAUGAAUGAAUAAUCAUAAUUUGGCAUA